ACAGAUGCUUCUUUGUCGAAUGACAUUUUUGAUCUUCCAACCAGCGAUAUCCUUAUGCCAUAUGAUAAUGAGCCCCUCGAAGCUACUUUCGAUCUAUCACAGUCGAUGAAUUCCCUAACCCCAAAUGCUUUCUUUUUGGACAAAGUCAUGUCUGAAAGUUCGGAACCUGACAAAGCUAUCUUUGAUCAGAUGCCUUUCACCAGCGAUCUAGAUCAAAUAUCUCCCCAAGUACCUGUUUCUGUGGUUCAGCCGGAUUCUAUGCCAGCGCAAAUCACAGAAUCAUCCCUACCCGUUGUGGCCGAAACACCUCCGAUCGAUAGUCUUAAACCCAUUCCUUUUCGAUGCUCCUUCUGUGGCCGUUUGUACCGACAAAAAAUCCACCUCCAAAAGCACGUAAUGUCCCAACACACUAAAGAAAAACCGUUUUAUUGUCCACAAUGCACAUACUCUACUGUUGAAAAGAGUCAUUUGACUGUCCACAUUAGGACACAUACAGGCGAAAGACCCUUUUCUUGCAGAGAAUGCAAAUACUCUUCUACUCAAAAUUGCACACUAAAGACGCAUUAUCUUCGGCGACAUCCUGAGAGCAGAAUCAGCUGUCAAAAGUGUGGUAGUCUCUUUGUAACCGAAUUGGAAUAUGUAAAUCAUCUUAGGAACUGUGAAAUUGGCAUAUCUUCGUAA